AUGGGCAACGCGAGCGGCAGGCUGGAGGACAUCGCGGACGCCGAGAUGGACGAGGGUGGGCGUGGCCACGUGCGGCGCGCGUCCUCGACGGGCUACGUCGGAGGAGGAAGGGGUGGGGGCGGAGCGGGAGGUUCUUCCUCGCCGGGAAGCCCCCCGCGGCCGCACUCGCCGCGCAUGUUCGUGCCCCAGAGUCCUGUAACUCCACUGCAAAGAGCUACAGAUGUACCGCCUCCGGUGUUCAACCAGAUAUUGAUGCGUGAUCAACAGGAUGAUUCUGACGGCCCGCCUCAAAAGAGGAUUCCUACUCUGCUUUUGUGGCCUCAUGGAGGGAAGAACAUCUACGUGGAAGGAUCCUGGGAUAAUUGGACAUCGAAGAAAACCGUUCAGAAAUCUGGGAAAGACCACACCAUCUUGCUAGAGCUUCCAUCUGGAGUUUACAGGUACAGAUUCAUUGUCGACGGAGAAAGGAGAUUCCUGCCCGACCUUCCCUGCGAAACCGACAACAUGGGUAACAUCGUGAAUCUUCUUGACGUCAAUGAUUUUGUACCGGAAAGCGUGGAGAGCGUAUCGGAGCUGAUGGCACCUUCCUCCCCGGACUCCAGCUACGGCUUCCAGGUCCCCGAUGACAAGGAGUUCAGCAAGGAGCCUCCCACCCUCCCGUCUCAGCUCUACCUCGGGGUGCUCAACUCCCGCAGCUCGGAGCGUGAAUGCGCGAGGCCGAGGCACGUCGUGCUCAACCAUCUGUACAUCGAGAAGGGGUGGGGCGCGCAGCCGCUGGUGGCGCUCGGCCACACGCACCGGUUCCGAUCCAAAUAUGUCACCACCGUCCUCUACAAAGCCAUUGAGAGAUAGCUAGCGUGUAAAAGCUGCUGCUGCCGACUUCCUGAAGACAUUGCCGAUUAGAUCAAACAUAAACCAAUGUGUACUUUA